AUGGCUUCCAACGCCGCCAUGCUUCUGGACCCAAAAGCAUACAGAAGACAACUGCAAAAGAACAAUGGUAACGACCCAGACUGCACAUCUCCCCCGUCCGAAGUCGACACCACCGACGCACCGUUGGACUUCUCCACUGCUGCACUAUGCGGCUUCCCCGCCUCGUCGUUCGGACGCUGCCCUUCUCCCCCGGAGGACCCUAUUUAUCUGGACCCAGGCAUAGAUUACUCACUAUUCGGUGCUGUAGCUCCGCAGGAGGCGAGCAGGCCGUCGCGCGGCAACCAGUCCCCUACCGCUGCGCCGCCCGGUACAGCCUCCGCCGCACAUCGUCUUCUGAAUCCCAAGCCCCGACCCUCGUCCGCGAAGGCGACUCCCCCGCCGAGAUCGAUGACAUCUUCGCGUAAUAGCGAUAGACUCUCCGUGUCGUCAUAUGGAGUACCGCAGUCGGAGCCUGGGGUGGAGGUCGAGUUUACGAGCGCGCGAUCCGAAGACGAUAGCGAUAGCAAACGGACCUCGGAUCGCCUCGAGGAUGAUGCCGACGUGCGCCACGGCAGUCUCAUCGAGGAUAUGUACGGCGUGGAGAGGCGCAGUAGGCAGCCGUAUAAGAAGAUCAAGACGGAGAAUAACGUCGAGGAGAAGGGGAAGAGUGGGAAGGUCGCCAUCGCAGGAGAUAGCGGACUAGGCAAAUGGAUGAAGGAAGGACAGGCGAGUGCCGAAACGCCGCUGCCCGUCACGGCGGAUGUUGUCGAUCUCACUCUGGACUCCUCGGCUGCAGUGAAUGACGAUGACGACCUGCAAGUCACCGGUUCGAAUAACCUGAGUGUGCAGCGAGUAUGCUAUGGGAAGAUCGAAAAUGCGUAUAUCCAGGCUUUCUUGGUCCCCAAGCCGAUCACUAUAUUCGAUUCUGCGCAUGACUGGCCGUCCAUGAAGUUGAACAUCAACCGCCGUCCGGGCGUGGAGGACAAAAAGAUCGAGGUUUCGGACCCUAACAAUAUGGUUUUUGGCGCUGUUGAUGCGAGGACCGCCGCGGUCGUUGUUCAGUUACUCGAUUCACCUGCAUUGAAGGUCGAUCUUUCCGGGCGUCUGGAUGCUCGCAAACGGGGACCAAAUGAAUACCCAUGGAUGCCUUGCUCUGCGCAAUACCGCGCGUCUCUCAAUCUCUACGGUCUGCGGAAAGACGCUGAAACGGUUGGGAAGCACCUUGGCCACCAUAACAUCUGGCUGGGAACUCCUUUUUCUGUUGAACAGGGGACUCCGAUUUUCAACCCCCACGCAGAGCUGAGGCGCGCGCAGCAGGCCUUUCUACCAAGCAUUGCGGCUCGUGGUCGUUCGAGCAGCGUGAAUUACGAAGUUCGCACGGCCGAAGAAGUGAAUGACGCAGUGAUGAAAAUGUUCGAUCAGCUCCAGAGUGCCGAAAAUAUCCCCGAGAUGGAGACCCCGUCGCAGCUGGAGACUCCUCUGCUUCGGCACCAGAAGCAAGCGCUCUGGUUCAUGACCGAGAAGGAGAAGCCGCGCAAGUUUGGACCCAACGAGGCCGACAACAACUCACUAUGGCGCUUGGAGGUACGUCCUAAUGGGAGGAAACGUUAUCGUGAGAUCAUCACAGGGAUGGUCUCUGAUGAAGAGCCUCCGCAGUCGCUGGGCGGUUUGCUGGCGGACAUGAUGGGCUUGGGCAAGACGUUGAGUAUACUGUCGCUUGUCGUCAGCAGCCUACCGCAGUCCCGCGAGUGGGCAGACAUGAUCCCCGACGCCGAACUGGUGAAGAGCUCUCCUGGCAUCCGCAAUACCAAGACCACGCUUCUUGUGGUGCCCCUUAGCGCCGUCAACAACUGGGUGCUUCAGAUCAAGGAGCAUCUUAAGGAAGACGCUGUGACCUACUACGUCUUUCACGGCUCGUCGCGAACUACAGACGUGGACGAACUGUCCAAAUAUGACCUGGUGAUUACAACCUACAGCAUUGUUCUGAGCGAGCUCGCCGGGAGAGGCGCCAAGCGGGGCGUGAGCCCGUUGACGAAGAUGAACAUGUUCCGUAUCGUUCUCGACGAGGCGCACACAAUUCGCGAGCAGAGCGCCGCGCAAACCCAGGCGAUCUUCAAGCUGCACGGGCAGCGCAAAUGGUCCGUAACCGGCACACCUAUCCAAAACCACCUCAAGGACCUCUACUCCGUGACCAGAUUCAUCGGGCUCUGUCCAUACGACGACAGAACCCAAUUCGGCAUGCACAUCCUCAGCCGGUUCAAGUCGGGUGACGCUUCGGUGCUGGCGAGUCUGCGCGUGCUCGUGGACUCGUUCACCCUCCGCCGCGUCAAAGACAAGAUCGACCUACCGACGCGCCAUGAUAAGAUCGUCAUGCUCACCUUCACUGAGAAGGAGCGCCAACUGCACGAGUUCUUCCGGCAGGAGUCCAACGUCAUGAUGCGGGUGAUCGCCGGCGAAGACAAGACGAAAAUGAAAGGCCGCAUGUACCACCACAUUCUCAAGGCGAUGAUGAUCCUGCGACAAGUCAGCGCUCACGGCAAGGAGCUCCUCGACGCCGAGGACCGCGAGCGCAUCAAGGGCCUCAGCGUGCAGGACGCGAUCGACCUGGAGGAAGGCGGCAGCGAUCCGUCGGCCGAGGUCACCGACAAGAAGGCGUACGAGAUGUUCACGCUCAUGCAGGAGUCAUCGGCGGACGUGUGCGCCAUGUGUGGCAAACGCCUGGAAGAACCCGCGUCGACGGACUCGGGCGCCCCGGACCGGGCGGCGUGCAUGGCCAUUGUGCUUCCCUGCUUUGAUGUGCUCUGCCCGGAUUGCUUUGCUGGCUGGAAGCAUGCGUUUGACGCGCCGAGCGAGGAGGUAGCUGCCGCCCUCCGUUGCCAGGUGUGCGACGGCUGGAUCCCCGUGUCGUACUCGAGCAUCACCGUCGGGGGGCUGCAGGAGUACAUGGUAGACCAGGCACAGGCAAAGCAGAGCCGGCGACAGGCGAAGGUCCUAGGCGAGUACGAGGGCCCACACACGAAGACCAAAGCGCUGGUGGAGCAGCUGAUGGCGACGGCGGACGAGAGCAAGGGAUUACAGGCGGCCGGCGAGCGACCGCUCAAGAGCGUGGUGUUCUCAGCGUGGACGUCGCAUCUGGACCUGAUCGAGAUCGCGCUGAAAGACAACGGGCUGACGGGGUACACGCGGCUGGACGGGACGAUGGCGCUGGCGGCGCGCAACAAGGCACUGGCCGAGUUUCACAGCAACGACACGAUUACCGUGCUACUGGCGACGAUUGGCGCGGGCGGUGUCGGGCUGAACCUGACGGCGGCGUCGAAGGUGUACAUUAUGGAGCCGCAGUACAAUCCGGCGGCGGUGGCGCAGGCGAUCGAUCGAGUGCACCGCAUCGGGCAGACGCGCGAGGUGACGACGGUGCAAUAUCUAAUGAAGGGGAGCAUUGAGGAGAAGAUUUUCGAGCUGGCGAAGAAGAAGCAGCAGUUGGCGGACUUGAGCAUGAACCGCGGGAAGCUGGAUAAGAAGGAGGUGCAAGAGCAGCGGAUGCGCGAAUACCGGAGUUUAUUCAAGUGA